UAGUGGCUUGUAUCCAAUUUCGAUAGAAUAACAAUAAGAUAAGAACAAAUGCACUUCCGGGGAUCUUCCAUCGCGGCCACAGCCAUCUGGUUGUUUGUGCUGAUGUUGGUGCAACAGCAGAGUGACGCAGCAGUGUCGGCAGCAUCCACGAAUGGCACAAAGCCCGUUCCGAUAUCGGAGCUAAGUGCACCGGCUGCAAUUCCGAAAGCGGUAAAGUCAGAUGAUGCAGUGCCCGUGCCCAAUCAAAAGGAUGCUGAUGUCAUCAUUGCUGAGAAGCCUGCGCUAACUUUGAAGGAACAACCCAAGGAGCCAGAGCGGCCAGCUGACCCAAAAUCUCGGGCCGAGCCCAAGUUAUCGCCAUCCUCCAGUUUGCCUGUGGAGGAUGCUCGCAUCGAGCACUCUAGCAUGGGCAAUGAAAUGGAUUUUCCGGGACAAGCCGUCGUCUACGUUCUGGUGGCAAUAACAAGUUCCGCCAUUUUUCUACUUGUGUUGCGUGUCUAUCAAAUGCGAUUAACACGAGCAGAGCGCAAAUAUGGGGUACAAGGCGACAGGACCAAUCAAGAGCUAACAUCACUUCCCAUGGCCAUCGAGGAUGUCAACAGCGACGAGGAGGACCACAUCGUGUUCGAGAUGGUUCCAAUUUAACGAAUCAAAAGAAAAAAAACCAUUUGUGAUAACUUUAACGAUAUAUGAAUAUGUCUGUAAGAAUAUAUUGUAGAAGACAGACGCUGAAGCGCUGAAAGCAUGGCAAUCUCGUUCUACGGAUGCUUUCUCCAAUAAAUGGUAUAUUAAAUGUUGCGCG